AUAUUUCCUCUCAAGGGUCAUUAAGAGCAGUUAAAAAACAGAAAUCACUCAACCUCACCUUUUCGCUGCAUGUGUUUAGUGUGUUGUUGGCCAUGCAAUAUAUUGCACUCUUUUAAGGAGUGUUAAUUUUUUAUAGCUCGGUGGGUUGUUUCCUGAUCAGUAAGAGCUGACCUUUACUCAGGACUGGAAUCAUGUCACCAUCAUACUGUGCCAUAUAAAGGUUGCUAUGCUCAUGAACCAGUCCUAGAACAAACAACACCUUCUUGAACCCUGACUUGGCAUCACCUGUAACGGCAAACCUUCCACUUCUGUUUUCAUAUCCCUCCCUUCCCUCCCUCAUAAAAUUGUACCGAGAACAAGUUUGGCAGCUGAAACAGUGGCUUAGUUUCUCUGUACACACAGCGGUUUCGGUUGAAUUAUCCAGCUUAUUUUAGCCAGGUCCUGAGAAGAGGAAAAGCAACAGACGCGGCAAGUGUGUCCACAGCAGGACAGGCAAAAAGCAGACAAAUGUACAGAUGCAGAAGAACAUUGGAUGUGUUCUACAGUGGUCAUGGGGCGACAGAUAAGCCUGUCUAGCACUCCAUCCCAGCAUCCAGUUAAACACAGUCAUAAAUUUUCAGGUUAUAGGGAGUAGUAGCUGCAUGGCGGGUUCCUACUUUGGGAGGUAAAUAAAGGGCUUCCUGAGAGCAGCAGCAGUAUUUUUACAACUCUCUGUCUCCCUUGCCUGGACCCACCAGCAUGCGGACCCCAACGCCCAUGAUUGUGGGCAUUGUGCUUGGCCCCUGUGGGCUUGUCCUAAACCUGACCAGCACCCUAGCUCAGACCUGGAGGACGGUCAGCCUCAUCCCCGGGGAGACACAGGACCUGAUCCAGCACCAAGGCAUCUGGCAGUUCUGCAAUGAGUACCAGAGCAGCCACAUGAACAACUGCUUUAACAUUAAGGACACACUGGGAUACUUCUCCCAGCUGCCUGUGCAAGUGGCCAAGGGACUCAUGCCUGCCUCACUGGUGGUCACCGCUCUGGGUCUAGUGGUGGCUUCGCUGGGAGUGCGCUGUUGGCAAGACCAACCCCAUCACUUGCUGGGUGGGCUGGGUGGGCUGCUGCUCUUCAUUUCUGGACUGCUGAGCCUUAUUGCCAUCUCUUGGUACAACCAUGAGCUCUACGAUCUGCCUGCCCCCACAGGCAGCACAUUGGCCGUGGGCUACUGCCUGGUCCUAGGGUACCUCGCUAGCUGCAUGGAAAUUAUUGGGGGUCUCGCUCUGACUGUGAGCUUUGGCCAGUGUUGCAAAGAAUGCAAACUGAAGAAAGCUACUAAAGACACCACUUACCCACCAAGCAACCAGCAGGGCCCAGCAAGCGUGGCAGCCAUUAGCUCCCCCUCCAUCAUAGAUGGCAGAAACACGCGCAUCUCAAGCUGGAAUACAGCACAUAACUACCACAGCAAUUUCCUGGAUGUAAUGGAAGAUGAAGUGGGCAGUCAGAGUCCCAGCAGGUUUCCCUGUGACUCAGAUCUGUAGCCCUAAACCGGGAAAUUUCUACAAAUGGAAGGCAAGGUAUGAGCUGCCUGUGCCUGAACAGAACAGCAGCCAGGAAUGAUCACCUGAAAGUGUGACAUUUUCCUACUUCUACAAACAAAAACAAAUAUUUCCUGAAAUAUUUGUUUGACAGUGAAUUUAGCUGCCUGAGAGGAUAAUCGUGGAUUCUUCAUCUUCGGAAGUCUUUAAACAAAGUUUGGAUGGCUAUUUUGUGGAUGCUUUCGUUGGAUAUUCCUUUCCUGUAUUAGACUGGAAGGCUCUUCAGUUUCCAUGAUUUUAUUUUUGAUUAUAUGUGAUUAUAAUUGGAGAGUGGUGCAGUGGGUUAAACCCUUGUGCUGGCAGGACUGCUGACCGACAGGUUGGCGGUUUGACUCUGGGGAGAGCGGGUGAGCUCCCUCUGUCAGCUCCAGCUCCCCAUGUGGGGAUAUGAGAGAAGCCUCCCAUGGGAUGGUAAAACAUCAAACAUCUGGGUGUCCCCCUGGGCAACAUUUUAGCAGAAGCCAAUUCUUUCACACCAGAAGUGACUUGCAGUUUCUCAAGUUGCUCAUGACACAAAAAAAGUGGUUGGAACAGCUGGAGCACUGAGAUUCUUGAUGCAUCUAUUUAAAGCAUUUCCCAAUCAAUAUUGUUAUGUCAUUAAGAUGUUUAAAAUUACUACAAUAAAAAUAUGAAGAGUUUUCUUUAUCAAA